GUGGAGGACGAAGAAGCUACCUUUACUAAUUCCGCCAUGGAUCCGCCGACGGAAUCUGGAACCGAGAUGUUUCUGUCGGCGGCGGCGGAAAAGCCCCUUGUGUCUUCACGCUUUGCUCACCGCGGUAAACAGUCAGUGAGAUCCACCCCGGAAGGUGGGAGAGGUUUGAGGGUGGCGAGGCAGAAGAAGCAGCUGGAGACGCUGGAGAGCACGUGGAAGACGAUAACGGAAGGGCGUCAUGCGCCGCUGACGAGGCGCCUAAAAAAAUCUGAUCCCCUUGAGAACCACCAGAACUUGAGCCGCGGAGACGCCGCCAUCGCAGCAGACGGUGACGCUUCUGGUAAGCGGCCGGUGUCGCGAAACCCGGGAAUGAUGAUUCUGCGGAAAGAGCCUUCUCUGAGUCAAGACGAGUUGAACCGCCGAGUUGAAGCGUUCAUCAAGAAGUUCAACGAGGAGAUGAGGAUACAAAGGCAGGAGUCGUUACAGCAGUACAAGGAGAUGAUUAACCGUGGGGCCAACUAGGUGUCAUUUCUUUUGCUUUUCCAUUUUUGGCCUUCUUUCCUUUUAUCUUUAAAAAAAAUCUUUUAGAAAAUGCUUAGCCAAAAAUUAACUCUUUCUUCUCAGCCCCGGCCUUUUAAAAAACAAGGGCUAUUAUUGAUUGUAUAAAAAAAUCUUUAUUAUUUUGUACUAGUAUUUUAUAAGUGGAAUGUUAGAUUUGUGUAAGGUGGUUUGUUUUGUGAAAUUGAAUAUAUGAACAUUGCUUAAUUUGAAGUAUGUAUUAUGUUUUCAUUUGGCAAUGUUAUUUGUAAUGUAGACCGAGCUAUGUUAUUUGUGAUAAUAUGAUUAGAACGUACAAAUGGUUUUUCCCGA